AUGAAUUCUCUCAGCCUCAACAAGCUCUUCGAUGUAAAGGAUAAAAUAGUGGUCAUCACGGGUGGUGGUCGCGGCAUUGGCAAGAUGAUGGCCGACGGUUUCGUGCAAAAUGGAGCUCGAGUGUACAUCGCUUCCCGCGACUUGGAAGCGUGUGCAGCUACCGCCAAGGAGCUCAAUGCCAAAGGUCCGGGACAAUGCAUUCCCCUACGAGCAAAUCUAGUGAGCGAGAGUAGUUGCAAGGAAUUGGCGGAUGAGAUCGCCAAGAAGGAGCGCAGAGUCGACGUGCUUAUCAACAACUCGGGCGUUGCAUGGGGUGGGGACUUUGACCAUCAUCCAGAGUCUGCUUGGAACAAAGUCUUGGCGGUAAAUGUGACGUCACCCUUCCAUCUGACCAAGUUUCUCUUGCCUCUAUUGGACGUCGCUGCAAAGACGUCGGAUGCUGCGCGUGUUAUUAACGUUGGAUCAGUGGCUGGGCUCGUACCGCAGCAGAUCGACACGAUCGCGUACGACACGUCCAAGGCAGCGAUCCACCACAUGACGCGUGUUCUGGCAGCAAAGCUCGCGCGUCGUCCGAACGGCGGCCACAUUCUGGUGAACGCCAUUGCGCCCGGGCUCGUGCCGUCCAAGAUGUCAAAGGGCAUUUCUUUGGCCACGGGUCUGCCCAUGGAUGAUCUUGCUGCGGGGAUCCCGAUCGAGCGACUUGGCCAGGAUUCCGAUAUGGCUGGACUCGCCAUUUUUCUGUCGUCCAAGGCGUCAGGAUGGAUCACUGGUACGGUGAUUGCAUCAGACGGUGGUCAAGUGUGUACUAUGGUGACUGGUGUGGGUCCCGCGAAGCUGUAG